GGGUCUAGGUAAAUAUUCCCUUUCAAUCGAGAAAGACCACGAACUGACGGUCUAGAGUCAAGAUUGACAGAUCAUCAUCCUCGAUUUAUCCAGAAGCUCAGUGAUAAAAUCAUCUCGCUGACAUCCGUGGGAAUCCGAUGGUUCAUCCCUGCAUCCGUCUUGCCUCGAAUCCAGCCGACACCUCGCUAUCUGAGGGAAACGAAAGGACCUCGAGAUUCCACAAAUAAACAGCCGAAUCCUGCGAUCACACAUCUUUGUUUGGUCUAUCCAACUGUGACCUCUGAAGGAUCAAGCAACGAUGGUACAAGAGCCUGUCACGGUUGCAACCGACCCCGCCCUGUGUCUGCUCACCCUUCCUUCUCCGCACGCGGCAGGCAUUCAUCAGGGCGGCCGGUACCUGGAUUCAACCUUCCCCUCUUCACUUCUCCAAUCGUCCCAUGCUUGGUUUCAACUGCCUUCCAUCGUCGUUUAUCCAUGCGAUCUAAAAACAUUUUAAGCUGGAAUAAUAGUCUGCCGACGACUCUAUAUUCCCCGUCUUCUCCCCACAGCUCCCCUCGACCCUCUGGAUCCGGCACUAUGGGUGGAGACGCGUCAUUGGGAGCUCCAGGCUCUCUACCCCGGAGAUCCGACCACCCAGUCGGCCAACGCAUCAAGGGCAUCUACACUGAUCGACUGCGGCAGUUUACGAGUGAGGGCCAAUACUCAGGUCAAAACCUCGUCUCGAAGUACUUUGAAGCUGUCAAUUCGGAUGAAGACCAUGUUAAGCUCUCCGUCUAUUCUCCGCCAGACCUCUCUCGUCCGACCUUUGAGGAGGCGACGUCGCACGAAUUUAAGCCUACUCACAUCGGGGCCUCCUUCGGCCCCAGCUGGUCGACUCACUGGUUCCGUAUUCGUCUGACGAUCCCAGAGGACAUGCUGGACAAGGAGCGCCUGGAAUUCCACUGGGAUGCUAACAAUGAAGGUAUGGUCUGGAACGAAGAUGGUCACCCGCUGCAGGGUCUGUCUGGUGGCGGCGAGCGCAUUGAAUGGGUUAUCCCCGAUGCCUGGCGUGAUGGGAAAGAGCACGUUUUCUUCAUCGAAAUGGCCUGCAAUGGCAUGUUUGGCAACCCUCCUGGUGACGAUCAGAUUCAGCCACCCAGACCCAAUAAGUACUACACUCUGCACAAAGCGCAAAUUACGGCGGUCAACCUCGAGGCUCGAGCGUUGUACUAUGAUUUUUGGAUCAUCGGAGAUGCUGCUCGGGAAUUCCCUGGAGACUCAUGGGAGUCCCAUCAGGCGAAUGUUGUCGCCAAUGCCAUGAUGGAUGCCUUUAUUGCAGGCAACGGAAGCCAAGAGUCCAUCAAGCAGGCGCGUAAGAUUGGCCAGGGCUACCUCGGAGACAAGGUCGACUCGGCGGAUGUGUACAAGGCCGGCACCGACAAUGCCAUUGUUCUGGGUAUUGGCCAGUGCCAUAUUGAUACAUGUUGGCUGUGGCCAUGGGCGGAGACCAAGCGCAAAGUCGCUCGCUCCUGGUCUAAUCAAUGCGACCUGAUGGAUCGAUACCCAGAGCACCGUUUUGCCUGCUCCCAGGCUCAGCAGUUCAAAUGGCUGGAAAAGUAUUACCCUUCUGUGUUUGACCGUGUCAAGCGGUGGGUGAAGAAGGGCCACUUUCAUCCUAUCGGUGGCAGCUGGGUUGAGCACGAUACCAACCUGCCGAGCGGAGAGUCGCUUGUCCGUCAGUUUCUCUAUGGUCAGCGGUUCUUUGAGAGUCGGUUUGGACAGCGUCACACCACUUUCUGGCUGCCCGAUACCUUCGGAUACUCGACGCAGAUUCCUCAGAUUUGUCGCCUGGCUGGAAUGAGUCGCUUCUUUACCCAGAAGCUCAGCUGGAACAAUAUCAACAACUUCCCCCACACCACGUUCAAAUGGGUCGCGCUUGAUGGAAGUCAAGUGAUGUGCCACAUGCCUCCGUCAGAGACCUAUACCGCGAGCGCCCACUUUGGUGAUGUCAAGCGCAGUGUGACCCAACAUAAGUCAAUGGAUCAGGAUAACACCUCACUUCUUGUCUUCGGCAAGGGAGACGGCGGUGGUGGCCCUACGUUUGAACACCUUGAGAAGCUGCGUCGCUGCCGCGGGUUGAGCGACAAGACUGGCUUGCUCCCCAAGGUCACUAUGGGAGGCUCAGUCGACGACUUCUUCGACAACCUCGAGAAGAAGGCGGCCACCGGGACGGAAUUCGCGACUUGGUACGGCGAGCUCUACUUUGAGCUUCAUCGCGGCACAUACACUACCCAGGCGAACAACAAGCGGAGCAACCGCCAAUCCGAGUUUCUCUUGCGAGAGAUUGAAUAUCUAGCCACUCUAGCUUCUCUUAAAGGAGGCUACAAGUACCCCAAGGAGAGGAUUGAUGACAUGUGGGAAGGUGUUCUGCUUUGCCAAUUCCAUGACUGCUUGCCUGGCAGCUGUAUCGAGAUGUGCUACGAUGACAGCGGCGAGCUCUAUGCUGAGAUCAUGGAGACUGGUCAACAUAUUCGAAAGGAGGCGCUGCAGGCGCUCGGUUUUGCAACCAAGAACACUGGUAAGGGCUUUGUAGCUCUGAACACGAUGCCCUGGCCACGGUCAGAGAUAGUCCCGAUGCCUGGUGCAUCAACGGCUACCCAUGGUUCCAAAUAUGUGCUGGCUAGUGGAGAGACUGGCGUUAUCACCGGGCAGCCCAUGAGCGGUAGCGAAUUGCCUGGCGUGACUGUAUCUGAGAUCAGACCCGGAGUCUUCCGCCUGGCGAACGAGAGGCUGCGUGUCGAAGUUCAAGACGGAGUCAUUACCUCGCUCUACGAUGUUGAAGCAGACCGCGAGGUGAUUGCAGAAGGCGGCAAGGCCGGCCAGUUUGUGGUCUUCGAUGACAAGCCGCUUUACUGGCAAGCGUGGGAUGUAGAGGUAUAUCACCUCGAAUCUCGCAAGGAACUCAAGUCUAGCAAGACCGUCAUCGCUGAGAAUGACCCCCACCGAGUAAGCGUGGUCACUGAAACGAAGAUCAGCGACGUCAGCUGGGUCAAGACGACCAUCAGCCUUGCCAGCGCUGUCCGAGGUGAAGCGACAUAUGUUGAAUUCGACACCGAGGUUGAGUGGAGGGAAAACAUGAAGUUCCUGAAGGUCGAAUUCCCUGUUGACAUCACCAAUACUGAGGCUUCUUAUGAGACGCAGUAUGGAAUCAUUCGACGCCCGACUCAUUAUAACACCACCUGGGACAUGGCCAAGUUCGAGGUCUGCUGCCACAAAUGGGCUGAUCUCUCCGAGAAUGGAUAUGGUGUCUCCAUCCUCAAUGAUUCCAAGUACGGAUUUGCAACCUGCGGCAACCUGAUGCGACUAUCUCUUCUUCGCGCCCCCAAGGCCCCCGACGCACAUGCCGACAUGGGCCGUCACCGUAUCCGCUACGCAAUCCUCCCGCAUAUUGGAGCGCUGGACUCUCGGACUGUUCGCGCGGGAUACAACUUCAACCACCCGCUUGUCCUGCAACCCUCGUCUGGAACGGAGGUUAUGCAUGCUUUCAAGUCCAUUGCGCUGACUGGAUCCCCGGCGCUCAUUCUGGACGCCGUCAAGCGUGGUGAGGAUGACGAGGACGUUUCCCGCGGGGAACUGCCGAAACGGCCUGGCCAGAGCAUCAUCCUGCGGGUCUACGAGUCGCUUGGCGGCAGGGCCCGCGGAACUAUCCACAGCAAGCUGCCUGUUAAGAAGGUAUGGAAAUGCAAUGUGUUAGAGGAUGAUGAGGAGGAACUGCGGCUGUUCACUGCGGGGGGCAACUCUGGCGUGAACAUCGAGCUGAGGGCUUUUGAGAUUGCUACUUUCCGAUUGCAGUUGUAAAUAAAUAAAUUGGGAUUAGGAUGAGAGAUUGAUCUUUGCUUUCUUUAAAAAAAAAAAAAAGAAAAAGCUGUUGCCUCACCUCUAUAGCCACUGUACAGGAUAUCAUGAACAUCUAAGUAAAUAACGCCAAUUCGCCAACCUCCCAGACCACCAGACCUCGCUAGAUGAAUUGAAACAAAGAGUAUUCGAUCGGAUAGGCAUCAGCAGGGCAACCUAAUCACGGCCGUAACUGAUCUUCAAACGCUUGACAGGCGGUUUCUCCCCGUCCUCGCCGUCAUCGUCAUGGUUCUUCUCCCUAUUAUUCCCCCCACCGCCCACACUGGCCUUUUUCUUAUUCUUCGACGCCCCACCCUUGACGCUCCCUGCUGCAGAGGAGACGCCAUCGUUAUUCGACCGGUUCGACACGCUCAUGGGGCCAUUAUACGUUGA